AGUUUCGGUUAUGUGAUCAUUUGAGAACUUUGGUUAUCUGUUUCCGGUUUAGUUGGUUGUAGUUGAAGAUAUGAGAAGUAUUUGAAAGAAGAAAAAGUUUCUCCACUAUCAUCUAUCAUCUCUUAACUUCGUUUUAUGGAUUUCAAAAACUGAAUGUUUCCAAUUUCUGUUCUUCAAAAAAUCAAGAAUUUCAAAAGCACAAUGGAUUCUCAAGAAGCAGCAGCAAGAGAAAAGGUUGAUUUCUCGCAGCUAGUCAGAGAUAAAGAGAGUGAAUGGAAUCAUCGGAGAAGCUUGGCAUGGGACUCAGCCUUCUUCACUACCCCUGGAGUAUUGGAUCAUGAAGAGUUGUUUGGGAGCUUAAAACUUGGUGAGAAUGAGAUUGACGAAAAUCAGAAGGACUUCAUCAAGAAGACAAUUCUUCCAUGUGUUUCUUCUGACAUCGCUACUCGUCCAAGUUUUGCAUGGGACAAUGCUUUUUUAACCGAGCCAGGUGUUCUUGAUGCGGAGGAGUUGUCGCUAGUGAACAAUGGUUUCACUAGUAACACACAGCCUCGUAACUCUGCUGAUUCCAUGACUUCAACAACUGAAGGAAGCAGAUUCUCUGUGUCGAGCAUUGAGCUUGAUCUGUUUAACGACCUGAGAGCCUCUUUAAGUAAUAUGAAGGAGACGAGAGCUCAAGAGAUCCAACGCAAGUUACCAGAUGGUAACAAGAGAGCUAAGUGGUACAAACUGAAAAGUCAACGUUUGAGUCUCAUUCCUCAACCAAAAGCGUAUACUCCUUCUUCUUCAUCGUCAUUGUCAUCUUCAGUCUCCAAAUCUUUGACUCCUCGUCAAGCUAAACCUGAGAAGAAAGUUGUUGCAAGUGAAAUCGGGCAUAAGGGAUCAAAAUCUAUCAUACGAUCAUCUUAUUCUGGAUAUAAAGGGAAGGAUUUGGCAUCAUCAUCCUCUGGUCUGAGGUUACCCUUGCCAAAGAUGGGUUUCUUCGACUCGAACGAGGGAGAUAAAGAAAACAAAGAACCAAAUGCUUCUGCAAACACAAGAAGAAGACACAAGUCGAAACUCGGAACGCUUUCUCCAAAAGAAACCCCUAACGUUUUGGGCCAACACAAGACUCGAAAGUGAAACGGGCAAUAGCGACUAUACUUUGGUCUUGUGUGCGUUGCAAGGAACCGUUCAUUCGUCUGUCAUAUUGACUACUGAAUCAAUGUUUCUUGUUGGAUAAGUCAGCU